AGUUUCCCGUACGCCGGAUGAGCUGUACUUGCGUUUUGCACAUGCAGCCCAAUUUUCAUUCACGGUACGUCUUGUUCUUGAUAUUCAGCACAUCGGACGUUAGAAUGCUAGAAUGGUACAGGUAUCGUGUUCCCGUUCCAAGUUUUAAGUUCCAAGUUUACACUCGCCGUUGGCUUACCUUUAGUGCGCCAUCCAGUCUCCACAAUUUGAGAACGAACACAUAUUACUGGAUCAAUCGAGAACAAGUCCCUAGUCAACGUCCUCGAUAUUCUGUCGGCUCAUCCGCAACUGUACUUCAUCUCGUUGACAUAGCUAACGUCUAAACAAAGCCAUAUUGGGGUGGAGUCAUGAGAAGGAGUAUGAUGUUGUAGUGUUAUAUUUGCGGGGUGAUCAACUAUAAAUGCUUCUCGCCUUUUCAGGUAUAGUAGAUAACGAGGUCUCUACGCAUUGGAUGGACUGAAAUGGUUCAGUAACGAGAUAGAGUUCGCGUGCUGUGAUAAAUUUGGCGGAAAGAAACUUUU